AUGGAGUACAUGGGAAGCAAUAUAACAUACAACAAAGACAUAUACAGUGAGUUUAAGUACUAUUGUGAACAGCAUGAGAUUGAAGUAAUGAGUAAAGGAGACUUUGAAACGCUUAUGAAAGACAGUGAGGAGGUCGUUCAUGAGAACAAUGAUGAAAUAGUUCAUGAGAACAGUGAGGAGGUCAUACAUGAGAACAGUGAUGAAAUAGUUCAUGAGAACAGUGAGGAGGUCAUACAUGAGAACAGUGUUGAAAUCGUUCAUGAUGUCGUUCGUGAAGAAGCCAUUGCAACAAAGAAUGAGAUAAAGGAUUUCAUAGAACUUAACAAGGAGGAGUUUAAAGAAGGCUAUGAAGUGAAAAGAUGUGAAGAAGAUUUCUUGGCGUAUUUGAAGAAAAAGAGACUAAAGCCAGUGGCUCAAAAUAAGUUUCAAUCGAUGUUUGAAAAGAAACGUUUGAGCUAUGGUGGUGUAAGAAGCACAUAUUACUUUGUUAAGAAGUGA